AUGGAUGCCUCUCUUCAAUCCAAGUUUUUUAUUUAUUUUUCUUUUCGUACUGCGUGGUGGAUUCCUAAUCCUCUAAGCUUUGAAAACCUCCCCACUUCCUCGCGAGUCCAAGUGCUAGAAGCAAACUCGGGGGAUUUGGCGCGCGCUCUCUCUCUCUCUCUCUCGCUCGCACGCAUGGCUUCGGUAGCUUCUGCUGCGAUCCCACGAAGCCAGGCGGAUCUAGUCGCUUUCGUGGACUGGAGAGGAGUCGAAUGCCUCAAUCAGAGCACGAGUCACUCGCUCGACAAUGCGUUGAAACAGGGUUACAGAGAUGAUGAUGAUUUGCAUCUCGAAAGCGAUGCAGAUGAGCAGCUUUUAAUUUAUAUUCCCUUCACUCAAGUGAUCAAGCUGCAUUCAGUAAUUAUCAAAGGGCCAGAAGAGGAAGGCCCAAAGAUGGUUAAGCUUUUUGCAAACAAAGAGCACAUGGGCUUUAGUAAUGUUAAUGACUACCCACCAAGUGACUCAAUUGCUUUAUCCCCAAAAAAUCUGAAGGAACGGCCUGUUAACUUAAAGUACAUCAAGUUUCAGGGUGUUUGCAGCCUGACAAUUUUUAUUGAGGACAACCAAGGAGGUAAUGACAUCUCUAAGAUUUAGAAGAUUGUCCUUUAUGGAACUACGGUGGACACAACAAACAUGAAGGAUCUGGAGAAGAUUGAAGAGCACUGAGUGUGUGAUAUCAGAUGAGAUGUAAGCAAUGACAACCAGUACACAUUUUUAUUUUUCCCUCUAAUGGAUUCUCUUUUAACAGAAUGAAAUCAUAAUUUACUAGGUUCUUACAUUGCCCCCUUGAAUGUUCUUAGCGUGCUCCUUGUGGUAUAUGUCUUACAAUUUUGUGGUUCAAAUGAUCCUGGAUUUCUAUUUUGUAUCAAAUAAAAUAAUGUAUUCUCUCUCAUUCGUGGGGACAAGGUGUUAUGAGGGGGUGGGGGCGUGAUCUCCAUCUCUAGAUUUGAUUUGC